CGGUAUUCCUGCCGCCGCUGUGUUAGAACUGGGCCGGCCACUCGGCUCUACUGUGCAGAAGAACCCGCUCCUACCUGUUCCUCAGUCCAGCAGUGUCCUACUUUCACCGGCUGUCUUCUCUCCCUCACGCCGGCAUCUUCAGUGUGGGCAUCUGGCUGUGACAGCUUGCGGCUUCACAGCCAGGUGCCUACUGCGCAUGUCUGCAGUCUCUGGUCAUCAUCACCUGUAGUACGUCCGCAGUCUCUGGUCAUCCCCUGUACUGUGUCCGCAGUCUCUGGUCAUCUCCUGUACUGUGUCCGCAGUCUCUGGUCAUCUCCUGUAGUACGUCCGCAGUCUCUGGUCAUCUCUUGAGUACGCCCGCUGUCUCUUGUCAUCUCCUGUAGUACGUCCGCAGUCUCUGGUCAUCUCUUGAGUACGCCCGCAGUCUCUUGUCAUCUCCUGUAGUACGUCCGCAGUCUCUGGGCAUCUCCUGUAGUACGUCCGCAGUCUCUGGGCAUCUCCUGUAGUACGUCCUCAGUCUUUGGGCAUCUCCUGUACUAUGUCCGCAGUCUCUGGGCAUCUCCU